UAUUAUUAACUUAUCUUUUAACUACUCUUAUAGACACCGUUAUCUUUUUUCUUUUUUCUCACUUUUUAUUAAAAUUUUAUUUUUUUUUUCUAAUUGUUCGGUUUCUCUAUUAAAAUAUAAAUAUAUAUUACAGCAAAAUAUUAUAUGUUUUCAAGAUGCUCUCGACGUUUCGUUAGCUUGUGAAUAUUUGUUAUCUUUAGAUAUUGCUACUUACAUCGAUUCUCAUCACAACGACGACAAAGUUUAUAAAGCUUGCAAACAAGCUAUAAUAAACGCGCAGCCUUCUAAGGUUCUUCAAGCUCUCGUGGACUCUUCAGAAGUUCUUUUUUCUUUAAAAGGCGAUGCAGCAGAAAGUUUAUUGGGCUGUUUUAUAGUAAUUUUGGCUGCGAUUCCUAAUGAAGAAAGGUUAGAUCUGGUUAAGCAACUUGUUGCUCGCCUCUCUAGCAGCACCGAAGACUCAGUGUUACGGGCUAAACUGUUCUCUUUGCUCUUCAAUAACUUGAGUUCUCACGAUAUUUUUCGUUAUUAUGUCUAUGAUUCUUUGGUGGUUUUUCUUGGAAAAGUUGGAAAAGUCGCAAGUUUGAAGCCACAAAUUAACCAAUUGGAUGAGUGGUUUGGGGAGUGGGGAGUCGACAUGGAGCAGAAACGUACGCUUUACAAGCACUUUUUCGAAGCCGCUCAACAGUGCGAAGAAAGUGAUUUUGCCAUGAAGUUUAUAUUUAAGUAUCUUGGCUCCUUUGAUGGAGAAUCUCCUGAAGUUUUGGAUGCUGCUCGAGAUUCUGCAAUUUCUUGUAUUUCGUCUGUCAUCAAAGUCCCCAAAGUUUUCCAAAUGGAUCAUUUACUUGACUUCGAUGUUGUUAACAAUUUAAACGGCCAUCCUUCUUACGAUCUUCUUGAUAUUUUUGUUAACGGGAAUUUGGAAGACUAUUAUAAGUUUUAUGGCGAGAAUUCCGAUCUUAUUUCAAAGUUAGAUCUUGAUCACAACAGCAACGUUAGGAAAAUGCGAUUGCUCACGCUUAUCUCACUGGCUCAUGGAAAAAAUGAAGUUGAAUAUUCUCUUAUUGAAACCUCUUUACAACUCCGAAGGGAAGACAUUGAGGUUUGGAUCAUCAACGCGAUCGGGGCGGAGUUGCUCGAAGGAAAACUCGACCAAAUGAAUUCAAAACUACUUGUCAGGCGCGCCAUCUAUCGCAAUUUUUCGACGAGCCACUGGCAGCAAAUUUACGACAGACUUAGCACUUGGCAAGCAAAUAUUGCUUCUUUGUUAGAAUCUCUUGAAUGA